UUGCUUUCGUGAAAAAGGGUGUUGCUUCGAGCCGUACUGCUAUAGUCGAGAGAAGACAGAGUGACGAGUGACAGAAGGGCACCCAAAUCGCGAUUGUCGGAAUAUUACCAAGAUGCAGGCUAUAAAAUGUGUGGUUGUUGGUGACGGAGCUGUUGGUAAAACCUGUUUACUCAUCAGUUAUACCACUAAUGCUUUCCCUGGAGAAUAUAUACCCACAGUAUUUGACAACUACUCUGCAAAUGUUAUGGUAGAUGGUCGACCUAUCAAUUUGGGAUUGUGGGAUACUGCUGGACAGGAAGAUUAUGACAGGCUGCGACCCCUGUCAUAUCCUCAAACAGAUGUCUUCCUGAUAUGCUUCUCCCUGAUUAGUCCGGCCAGCUUUGAAAAUGUUAGGGCUAAGUGGUUUCCAGAAGUCAGCCAUCACUGUCCUAACACCCCAAUCAUUCUCGUUGGUACAAAGCUGGAUUUGAGGGAAGACAAAGAGACAAUAGAAAAACUUCGUGAAAAGAAACUCACUCCCAUUGCAUACCCUCAAGGUCUCGCUAUGUCUAAGGAAAUAGGGGCAGUGAAAUAUUUAGAAUGUUCAGCUCUUACACAGAAAGGUUUGAAAACAGUUUUUGAUGAAGCCAUUAGAGCAGUAUUAUGCCCUAAACCGAAAGCAAAGAAAAAGAAGCCAUGUUGUCUUUUGUAAAAUUCAAAAACUGAAAUGUCAAAUAAACCAGCAAAAAAUAUAAGAAGACCGACCUCAAACUGUUUUCAUGUAAGGAAUUCUGAAGUUGAUAAAUGAUACUGAAGGGAGCAGGUUGGAUAACAAGGACUGGUUAUGUAUCAGGUAUAAAGCCACUGGUAUGGACACAGUAGCUUGGCCACUAAACAGAUUGAGGUGUUAUGGUAAGAAUGUAUCAGUAAGCCUGUCUGGGUGACCACUCCUUUUAGACACUUACCUGUGGGAUAUCUCAGGUAUGUAAAAUAGACUACAGAUGUCAAGUGAAGGAUGUCCCCAAUCAGUGGUCUGUAGUCAGAUUGUUUUUUUAUGAUGCCUUGUUAUGUCAUCUAGGUCUCCUUCAAAUUUAUACAAAUGUCAUGUUAAACUUGUAUAUUUUCAUGAACAUGGCACGUUUGUGACAAGGUGCUUCAUUCUUACCUGAAAGAACGAACCAAAAUGUGAUUGACCUAAAUCAAUCUAGGCAGUUUAGGAUUGUAGAUAGUUUCUUUUUUUGUCAACAUUUGUUGGUGAAUAAUUUUGUAAAUCAGCUUUUGUUUACAGCAUGAGCAUACACAUUCUUAAGAUAGACUUCAUUCAGUUAUUUUGUUUUUGUUUGCUUUUAUCUGUUCUAGCUUUUUAUGUAGCAGAACCUUUUGUGUACAGGACUUAAUUUUAAUUUUUUAUGGUAUAAAAGUUUAUGAAAAAGGAAUAUAUUGGUGAUUGUAUUGUUAGCUAUGUCUGGUGUUGAAUCAGUUUUUUUUAUUCAGAAGCUUUUGUCCUACAAAAUCCAGUCUGUGCAAAUUUCAGUUCAAAUUGAUUUCUCAUUUACAUAAAUUAUGAAAGAAACUGAUAAAUGUGUGGCCAGUUGUGUUAGAGUUGCAUAUAAUUUCUUUAAAAGGUGUCAUUUAGUUGUACAGACAAAAUGAAUAGAAAAUUUCAGACAUGAUCAAAGAAAAGAUAUUGUUUAUUGCUUAAGGAGCCAAGAAGUCACAUCAGGACUGAAAUUCAGUUAUGGAUUUUGAGAAGUAGUACAGGAAAAAAGAAGAUUGUAAUGACCUGUGUAUUGGACACAACCGAUUGUUGUCUUUGUGUCACUUGCUGUGGAAUUUUAGAAGUACCACUGUACUUCGUACAUCUCCUCUUGCCACCUAUUUCAGUGAAUAAUGCCCUGUUGCACAAUUUUUACUCUGUAAAUUGUAUAUUUCAUUCAAUGAAGAACAUUUGAAAGAAUUAAUAAUCGCCUGAAGUAUGAAGUCCAUGUAAGGUGAAUGCAGUAUUCGCUAUGGGAUUGAAUGGUGACUGUCAUUCCUUCAAGAUCUAUUGGAAAACUUUUUUAAGCACAGAUUUGAACUAAAUUAUGAAGUUUGUUUUAACGUGUAGUGAAAGUAGUAUGACUGAUUUGGCCAGUAGUUUUCUUAAAUAUUGCUUUUUCUGGGUCACAUGAAGUUGUAAGGUCAUAUUGAAUCUAGCAUGUGUUAUCCAAGGUAGGUAAAUCUGUUUUCAUUUAUCAAGGGACAUAAAUCUAUGCCUUGGGAACUAAAUUUUAGUUUACUCUGAUUGGGUGUACUGUAACAUAUAUUAUUAAUAAUUACCUGUGCCAAUAAAAUAGUUGACCAUGCAGACAAAGAAAUGUGAACAUUAUGCCUUUGCCAUUCUAUGAAUUAUGCAAAAAUUGUGAUGCUUCUGGAGAGGCUCUUUUCCAGAGUGAUCCGUCAGCUGUCUGAGGCCAGACUAACAGUGGGUUCCUACUCCACGUCACCUUUUAAUGGUUCAUUAUCACAUGCCAUGUUGCUUGGUACAUGUACUGUGCGCAUUCAAUGGUGUAAAAUCCUUUGACAUUGUUGGUCUCGUCUGCAAAGCAAUGACUGGUUUGAAUGUAUUUUAAUUUAGAAACAUUCAUCACCUUGUAGCAUCAACGCAUUUUAACAAUUCAACAAUGGCCAAAAGAUUGUGUUUUGUUAAACUUGUUGACUUUUGUAUAGGAAUCAGAUCAUGACAGUCAUCCAUCAGAUCUGAUACUAAAUACAUACUAAACUCCUACAUAGCGAGUUAAAAAGGCCAAUGUUGUGCAGCUUGCUUAUGUUGCUUUACUCAUUUUGUUUGAGUCUUUCACAUAUCUGAGUGGUUAGUUGUUAUGAGUACUUUUGUUAUCACCCAUUAAUUGUGGACAAUCUUAAACUACAUAUUUGUAUUUUGUAUAAAUGCAUAGAUUUACAUGCUUAAAUAUUGUACUGUAUUCGCUUGAAUAUUACUGAUCAGGCUUGGGUGUAUAUACACACACAUAUAUAUAUAUAUAUAUAGAUCUUGAAAUAUAUCUGUGCUUUUGUGUGUUUUCUGAAAAUCUUUCUAAGUUUCUCUCAUAUACAUAACAAGUUACAUUUUAUAAAUUUUGAAGUGUAAGAAAAAAAUUGUUAAUUAUUGAAAUCUUUUUAGAAGUGUUGAAGUGUCAAAGAAAACAAGAAGCUGAUUAUUGAAAACUGGUACAUUGUGCAUGUAGUUAUUGAGCAGUUCUUGCACAUUUCACUAGUCUACAUUUGUCAUAAUGUUGCUACUUUUAAACUGGAGGUCAAUUACAAUCUGCUGACAUGGGAAGUGAUGUUCAACGAAUGCAUGAAUGUCACAGGUUAUAUUAGUACAGUGCUUGCUUUUUUAUUUCCUUUUUUGGCUUCCAAACUUCAUUAGCUGUGUGUAGCUACCAUUUCGUGGAGUAGGCAAGGUUAGCGUCAGACGACUGGUUCACAUAUGGAGUACACUUACAGACAUAUAUUUUUUGGAAGUAGAUAGGAAAUGUCCUUGGGCUUUGUCAAUUUCAGAAUCUUUGUACAGUAAAACCUGUCAAUAAAUCCAGUUUUUAAGAAAUAAGUGUUUCAUUUGAAUGUCCUA